UACAGCUCUGCCCGUUUCCUCCAGCUUCAAGAAAUGGAUGAGAAAAGCCUCCCCUCCAGCUCCCCUCCUUCCUGGGAUCUUUCGCUAAUUAACCGGUGUGGCUGCUACCACGCUUACCCUCCUCCAGUCAGCCCAGCCCAGAAACUCGUCUUCAACAGAGUGAAUGGCAAGAGGCCACAGGUGCUGCCGCAGCAGGUCUCGGCGCCUGAGGAGUGCUACACGCUGGCCCAUGAGGAGAACGUCCGCUUCGUCUAUGAAGCCUGGCAGCAGGUAGAGCAGCAGCUGGACGGCAGCCGGAGCGGGGAGAGCACCUGCGGCCCUGUGCAGUACAUAGAGAAAACCCCCAACCCCGGACUGAAAAACUUUGUUCCCAUCGACCUGGAGGAGUGGUGGGCACAGCAAUUUCUGGCCAAAAUCGAAAACUGCUCAUAAAAGGGAAGAAAGGUUUGGGGGUUGGGUUUUUUUUGAGAGACAAAGCUGAGAGCAUCUGGUCAGAACCCAGAAUCGGUGGCAUUUUAGAACGACGUUUUUAAAAGAUGACCGAAAUCAAGUGACCCACGCUGCCAGGCCAGCGGGACCGGACCACAGCCAUGCCUGGCCGCGUGCCCCUUCCCUGCACCCAGCGUGGAGGAGCAGCAGGCAGCCCCAGCCAGGAUUCCUUAAGUGCCAGUUCUCGGACCGCUGCAGCUCCGGGAGCCGCCAGCUCCCAGGGACACUGUGGUGCCAUGCUGGGGACAAGGGAGCGGAUCCCUCCUCUGCGGCCGUAGCCACGGGGAGGACAGCGGGGUGCUGUAGCAGGACCGCCAGACAAUAAAGUGCUGAAACUGCCAGUG